GAAACGAACCUCAUCCAUGGCACCGAAUCCACGAUGGCCAGCUUAACAACUCUUUCACUCUCAUCCACCUCUUCCCUUUGGUACCACUGCACUAAACCCGAUUCACUUUUUAAUCUCAGAUAUUCAAGAACAAUAACCUGCAUGGCUGCUGCGACCAAGGUCAUACCCUCCAUCAUCGUCGGGGGUGGCCGUGUCGGAAAAGCCCUACAAGACAUGGGCGGCGGCGAUGAUUUGUUGGUGAAGAGAGGCCAACCUGUUCCGAUCGAUUUCCCAGGUCCGAUAUUGGUGUGCACCCGGAACGAUGAUCUAGAUGCCGUCCUUCAAUCCACUCCUAAGUCCCGUUGGAGCGAUUUGGUUUUUUUCCAGAACGGGAUGCUGGAGCCAUGGUUCGAAAGUAAAGGUCUAGGUGAUGCUGACCAAGUGUUGGCAUAUUUUGCCGUUUCCAAGCUUGGCGAGCCCCCCGUGGAUGGUAUAACCGAUACCAAUCCUGAGGGAUUGACUGCUGCUUUUGGCAAAUGGGGUUCUGCUGUUGCUGCUAGGUUAGAAGCUGGAGGUCUUUCUUGCAAGGUCCUCGAGAAAGAACCCUUUGAAAAGCAGAUGCUAGAGAAGCUUAUAUGGAUAGCAGCAUUCAUGCUUGUUGGGGCUCGCCAUCCUGGAGCCACUGUCGGAAUUGUAGAGAAGGACUUCCGUUCAGAGGUAGGUAGCCUCAUUGAAGAACUGGCAUCUGCAGCAGCAGCAGAGAAAGGCAUAUUUUUUGAAGAAGGGAUUGAGGAUCGGUUAUGUGCUUAUGCUCGAGCAGUUUCCCACUUCCCAACUGCAGUUAAGGAGUUCAAAUGGAGAAACGGCUGGUUCUACUCGCUCUCAGAGAAGGCAAUCGCUCAAGGGAAACAAGAUCCGUGCCCUUUGCACACAUCAUGGCUUAAAGACCUAAAUAUUGUUCAGUAAUGUAUGUGUACUAUGUACCCCCAGUGUUUUAGACAAUUCUUAAUAUGAACUAAUCGCACAUUUCUCUUCCUUAGUCAAUGUAGCGAAAGAUUCA